AUGGAGACCACCAAGACGAACCGCUUCUUGACGCAAUUUUCACGCGCUGUAUUUCAACAAUGGACACAAACAGCUACACAUGAUCAGUUUUGGAAGGAUGAGACGUUUGUACAUGCCAUGCUCGAGGAUGCAGUGGCGAAAUUACCGCCUGGAAAGCUUCAAACGGAGCUAUUACGUAACUUGAAGCCAUUGGAGACGCAAUUGAUUGCACUGUUACAUGAUUUGCAUGUAAAUUACGUCCAGGAGGAGAAGAAGAAGACAGAGAAAGAGUCAUGGACAUGUGGUGCAUUGCUAAAUGAAGAACUGACGGAGCUGGAGUUGUCACGGGCCGCGACUGCCACGUCUACUGACAAACAACGACGAGUGACAGGUGUAUUGGCGCUGGAUGUCGGUCUGGAUCGAGGUCAUCACUUGGACACGGACGUGGAGAAUGCUGACGAGUUGGUGCAUCUUUUUGGGCUCAUUGCAGCACGUAAUUACGAGACAUUGCACGAACAAGAGCACAAACGUGGAUUUGUUCUUGAACGUCUUGCUGUCUGUGCUCAGAACUUGGUGGAGAAAUGGUGCAUUGUAUCGGGCAAUUGGAGCUGUGGGGAGGAGGAGGAUGCUGUCAAGCAGGUGCAGAAAUUGCGUGAGUUGUUGGAACGUGUCGUGGUUCAAGACGCAGUAGCACUUGCUCGAGUAUCUGAUUGCAAUGGGAGCUUGAAGGCUCCGUGGACGAUGUUUUACCGGCCAGAGGAAAGAAAAGAAUGGAAGAAGGUGUCGUAUGACAAGGAAAUGGCCAAGAUAUAUGGUGUUCUGCUCACAUUAGCAGUCUACUUUCCUAUUGAAAACGAUGAGGAGGAAGAAACAUCCGAUGAAUCGUUAUCUUCGGGAGAUGAAGAGGAAGAAUCAAGACAGGAGCGGAAAAAGCUGAAGCCGGUCAGUCCGCUUGCUCAGGCCCAGCUUACAACUCGACAAGUACUGCUUGCUGCUCAGAUGCGGCAGCGUGGACUGGACCAGAACAAUCAGUGGCUUGUGUUGGUGUUGUCCUUCUUGCAGAGUCUGCACAAACCUACAACGUACCUGGACGAAGAUGGGGACGAGGCUCUUGACUAUCAGAGCCGGUGCGAACUGCUCGACUGUGUUGGCGGUCUGUACACGCGUGCAUUCGCCAGUGCAGCACUGUUCAACCAAGCAAAAGAGAGUACAACCGAAGAAAAGACGGCAGUGCAGGACCGUGGUCUCUUCGAGGCCAUCGUAUGUCUCCGUCACGCGGCACAUUUCAUGCGCGUUGAGCGCAAGUCGAGUCUACCGGUCAUCACCACGGCAAUGGCUCAGCUGGCCGGCGUGCCAUUGCCUGCAAGUUUUGUGUCGUGGCUGGACCACGAACAGACCGCGGAUCCAAAGUCCGUGCUGGAGAAGGCCAUACAGCGGCUAUGGAAGAAGUGUAUCAGCCAAAACCGAAUGGCGAAUAUCCUGCUGAGUUCGACGGAUGUAUCGGACGAGGAGAUGCCUCUGAUCCAAAGAAACUACCUUGAGCACUUGGAUCAACUUGCUAUAGCCAACGCGAACAAGACCAGUCAUCAGGCUGAUACGAACUCGGCAGAAUCAGCAGAGGCGUUGGUCGUUAAUACUGAUAGUCUCUUUUACGUGGACAAUGCUGGUGGAGAAGACAAAGAGAAGACGAACAAAACGAAGAAAAAACGUGCCAACAAGAAGAAAAAGCGAACGAACAAAACUGUCGACGUGUCACCGGCAAAGCGCAGCCGAGCAUCUAGCAGUUAG